AUGAUCCUGGAGAACCCCUAUGACAUAGAGGCUUUGGCCUCGACCGAUGCGACGUGCAAACUCCUCAGACAGCUGAUUCUCGAUCACAGCCGACAGAUUACGUCUGGAAUAUUCACCAAUGCUCGCAGAAGACUGGCGUUGGCGCGAUCCUGGCCCAUUUUCUUGGAGCAGAGUUGGGAGGAGUUACUUCUUCCACUGGUGGCAUCGCUUGCUCAGGAAUACUGUGCCCAGAAGCAAGAAGAUGCAGCUGUCCACCUGUUGACUAAAUUUUGGCGUGGGCAGGCUCUAUUUUGUCACCGGCCCCCGGAGGAUACCGCAGCUGAACCAAUUCCCCUGCGACCGAGUUAUUCGAUCAUUGGAUCCAAGUUGCGGGACUUGGUCAAGGAUUCCGAAGUUAAAACCCUGAUCGACGACGAGAUGAAGCAACUAACGGUGCCACUCCCUUUUUGGGUUGACCAGUUCAGCGAGGCACCCGAGCCAAGCAGUGGUCGAGGCGCCAUCCCAGUCUUCUGUUCGCCAAAAAGGCAACUCGACUAUCCCGUGGCAGAGAGGCUCUAUAACCGCUAUCGAGGUACAGGGCGCCGAGGGCGUCCGGCGCACCAUGACAUUGAUCGGCAGGGCUCAUUUGCGCUUGCCGCGGUGCUCGACUGGGCUUUCUUGUCAGGAUACUCAGCAGCUCUCGCGCACCACGCUGAGUCCGUACCAACCUGCCUCUGCGCGGCCCUUUGGCUUGAUCCUGCCGUUUGGUCGCUUGCGGGCUCGCAUGGACGCAUCGAUCGGAUCGGAGUACACAUCUUAAGCUCGUUGGAAGGCUUGGUCCACAGCCCGCAGGAUCAGGAGAUCUGA